AGCAAAGCUGCUACGGCGCGUUGGUCGCAAUGAUGCCUCGUCCUCCGCUUCCGCUGCUCAAGUCACCGAGCUGCUCUGCCGCCCUUGCUGCUGCUGCUGCUGCUGCAUCUGCUUUGGACGCGAAGGCAUCUCUGUCCGCCUCCAGAAGCUCCUCUCUUCUCACCGCGUCUCCUCGGUCCCCUCUCGAUGUCGCAGCGGUGGUGAACCACCGUGCGGGUCUGCUCCGUAGCACGGCCCCACGUCUCGCCAUGAACCUGCACGCCAGCGACAUGUCCACCCCCGACCGCGCCACCGUCAACGCGGCGAACAGGAAGGAGUUCAAGACGCCGCUCUGCACGGAGCUGACGAACAAAAUUAUCGCCCAGGGCUACUACCCCAUGUCGCAGUACAUCAAGGACUGUCUGACCCACCCAAACUUCGGCUACUACGCCGCGAAGAAGCACGUUAUCGGGAGCGAGAAGGCGGACUUUCUGACCGCGGCGGAGAUCUCAUUUUUCGGCGACGUCCUCGCGGCGUGGGUCAUGGACGCAUGGCAGAAGAUGGGCACGCCGCGGGUGCUGCACCUGGUGGAGAUGGGGCCCGGUCGCGGCACCCUCAUGAAGACGAUGCUGCGGCAGAUUCAGUACUCCAACCCGCACCUGCUCCACUUCCUGCAGAUUCACCUCGUCGAGGUCGGUGCGGCGCGGCGCGAGGAGCAGAAGCAGGCCCUGGCAGAGUUCCAAACCGCACAGGGCAAGAUCAAGUGGUGGAUGGACCUGGAGUCGCUGCCCUUCUCGCUCGAGCCGACCAUCUUCCUCGCGAACGAGUACUUCGAUGCCUUGCCGGUGGCGCAGUUCCGCUACACCGAGCGGGGAUGGGUGGAGACGUGUGUGGAGGUGGACACCGAUCCAGCGACCGAAGCGCACUUCCGCCUCGUGCACGCGCCGUCCGGGUCGAUGUCCGGCUACCUCAUCCCAGACGAGGUGCGCCAGAACGGGAAGCUCGGAGACUGCUAUGAGGUGAACACGGUUGGCAUGCAGACAAUGGAGGUGCUCAUGAAGAAGAUGAUCGACUGCCAGAAGGCGGCGUGUCUGUUGAUUGACUACGGCAAGGAUGAGCACAUGCACAGCACCUUGCGCGGUAUUCGUGGGCAUCGCUUUGUCGACCCCCUACUAUCGCCUGGCGAGGUGGAUCUUUCCUGCUGGGUCAGCUUCCGGCAGCUGCGGUGGGCGCUGGAGCGGCUGGAGGUGGCCCGUCGGCACCUGAAGUGGUUCCCGGUCAUGACACAGCACGACUUUCUGGUGGAGAACGGCAUCGAUAUUCGACUCGCGCACGUGAUCAAGGACGAGGAGACGAAGAGCGCGAUGAAGAUUCUGCAGAACUACCGUCGCCUCAUGGACGCCGAGGAGAUGGGCCAGAGCUACAAGGUGUUUGCCUUCCAGACUCGCAACUUCCCGAACGUGUCGCCCUUCUUUGCGGAGAUGCCGCUGCCACCCCUGCCGCAGCCUCGCGGGGGGAGGAGAAACUGA